AUGUCUACCAACAAGGACAGUGAAGCUCAAUAUGAGCAAGUGUUACAUGACGGAGAGGAAUACCAUUCUCUGUUCGAUACUCAAGCGUAUCUGAAGGAAUACUAUAGAAGUGAUUUACCCCAUAUCGGAUACGUUGAAAAUAGAGAUGAAUCAAAACUGUUUACAUAUCGAGCGCUCUCAGGGGUUAAGGGGGAAAUGGUACUGGACCUUGGCAGCGGUCCAUCAAUUAAUAAUCAUAUUAGUGCCGCCAACUGGUUCAAUGAGCUGAUAUUCAGUGAUUUUACAGCAAGCAACAGAGAGGCCCUCCAAAAAUGGAAAGAUGGUGAAAUGGAUGUGUUUGACUGGGAUCCAGCUUUUAAACACGUUGCAGGACUAGAGGGCGAUGAGAUCAUGUGGGAAACCGACAAAGAAAACUUUCGCAAGAAAAUGACUGACAUUUACGCAUGCGACGUACGUAAGGACAACCCCCUUCACCCUGUGAUUUGUGAGCCAUUCGACUGCGUCACCAGCUUCUUUUGUCUGGAACAGGCAUGUGGAGAUGGAACCGAUUUCGAACAAGUCAUCAAAAACGUUUCAUCACUCUUGAAAGAUGGUGGAGUGCUCAUUCUGGGUAAUGUUCUCGACGAAACCAGAUACAAAAUUGGUGGUGUAUGGUUCAGGACACUUGGUGUAGGCAAGGAAACCAUCAUCAAAGGUGUGGAGAAGGCAGGACUGAGGGAUAUAAAGUGGUAUAGCUGCCAAACACCAGAAGUACAAUUCUCUGAUGCAACGGAUAUGUAUGUGCUUGUAGCUAGGAAGUAAUCCGAGUCGGACUGUACCCUAUUUACUUUUGCACAAAAUUCACUUCAUGUUAGUGAAAAUAAUAAGCUUCAACAUACAAUCUAGGAUCCUAGAUCCAACAUACUGAUACUAAUCGGCAAAACAACUGAAAAAAUGAUAACCCACCUUUCCAUCACAAAGGAUGACUCCAUUGAGCGCUGAUAAGAGUGUAAAAGUGCUCACCUUUUUACAUGAAAAAUAAAUUGUAAAUGAAUAAAAAAAAAAAAAUUGAUAUCAAAAGAAAAUUAAAUUCUUACAAUUUUAUGAUUCACUGUAAAUUUUUUUUUAAAUUUUGAAAUAUAAAAAGUAAUGUCAAAAUGACCUUGUCAAAUGUGUGUCUUAGGGGAGUACUGAAAUACAUUGAUACAUUCCUAUAGUUGUAGUAAGGUGACAACUGUGAAAUUUUGUAAUUGGGUACAGAGGGUGCCAGUUUGAAAAAGAAUCAAUUAGUGGCCAAGCAUUGCUUGUGAUCAAUAUUUUGAUUGCUUUUAUUGCUUUUAGGAUAAAAGAUCUUCAUUUUUUAUAUGAGCCCCUGCCUAAGACAAGCUAAUUAUUCGUGGUUGAAGAGACAUGAAUAUAAGGUGAGAUAUAUUUGAAAAUCAGCUUGUCUUAGGGAAGGGUUUGAUAUCUACUCAAACUUAUGUAGACAUUUUCAGUCCAUAUGCUAGCAGGCAGCCAUUUUUAUUCCUGCCAUGAGGUAGCUGCUACAUGCUUACUUAGGAUGGGUAGACAGACAAAGUGUAUCUUUUCUACAUAAAGAACAACUCUGAAAAAAAUUGUAGGGGUUUCAAAGGGAAGCAGGGGUUAGAAUUAGUAAAACAUUUUCAGUUGCAAGCAGAAAAACAAAAUUCAUUUUCAUGUAAUGCAUGCUAUCAAAAAAGAAAAAUACCCGGUACAUUUAUUUUGCAUACAAAAUAAAAUAAAGGGCUCCAUCACAAACACCCUAGUUUUGUUACUCAUGAUUUAACCUUCCAAACCAGCACUAUUUGUGAAAGCAUUGUGAUUUUUUUGCCAAAAUGCUAGGAAUGGCUCCUGUUGUCAAGGAGAUCAGUGAAAACCUAUUGACUUAAUUGCUAUAGCCACUGGUACUGACUAUGGAUUCAGACCUCCCGUAGCAAUACCAGAUCCAUCAGUGGCUGGUACUGUCAGUGUUAAGUAGGUGUUGGACAGUCGGAAGUUGUGCACAUAUCACUUUCAGUCCUGUGGUAAAUGGGGUUUGCCAUGAAGCAGGGAUACAGUCAAAAAUUAUGUUGUGGAAAAGGCUGUUUAGAUGCCUCAUAUUUACCAAAAUCAAGUGGUGACAGUAUUAGUGAGAUCGAAAGUGAUGAUUUUUAAAUACAUUUUUUAUUCUCAUAUUUGUAUAUUUUGUAUAAUGUAACUAUUGCAGUGCUAUACAAGGUCUAUAUCACACUUAUAAUCAUAUGAAAUACUUUUUUAUUAUUUGAUAUCAUUGUCAUACAGAUUAUUGGCCAUAACUGUUACUAUGUAUACUUUAUUUUCAUUCAGUUUUUACUUUUACCUUAUCAUUAUUUUGGGUCAGUUUAUAUCUUGCUUAUUUUAUGGUUAUUGGGAAGAUUCCAAAUACAUGCAGCUAUUUAGAGUGCUUUUACAAAUGAUAUUUUUUGCUACUGAAACAGCAUUUUGCUUUCAGCAUUUUUUUACAGAACCUUGUACAAAAUG